UUUCCUCCAACGAAGCAGAGGAGUGACAGUUUGUAAAUAGACUUGAUCUCAACCUGACCUACAUUUCCACUUCCUCAUUUGUUUUUCCUCUGUUCUUCGUGUCUGAUCUGAUCACUGAAGCAUGGAAAUGAAGGUUCAGAUUUUCACACAUUAUGUUUUAUUGUGUGUCUCUGCAGUGUUUGUCUUCACUGAUCUUCUAUUACUCCGGCGGGAAGUGGUUUUUAUCCUCCGCGCUGCGGUUUAAGUCCCGUGUGGAAUGGGCCGGAGACAUGAACAAGAAUGACGCGUCGAUCCGUGUGAUCCGGAUGCAGGUGGAGGACAGCGGGACGUUCAGCUGCGACGUGAAGAAUCCUCCAGACGUCUCCAUACCGAUAUCCAUCACUAAAGUCAGGGUGGCGCCGUCUGAUCCCGAGACUGACACUGUUUGAAAGACGUUGGACUGACAGGAAUCUGUGCAGAUGUGCAUCCUCGUGUCCUUCAUCAGAUCACAUAUGAACACAGUCAUGAAUGUCUGCUGUGAUGUGGAGGAGAAUCUGUCUCUAUCAGAGCUGCAGAAACACCACACUUCCCUUUCUAAUGUUGCAUUCUUGUUGGUCUUUGUGACAUAAAACAGACUUGUGUUUUUCUGUUUUUCUGUUUCUAUUUUCUAAUAAAUGGCCAGUGCAUUGGAAUUGAAGGAAUCAAAUGCAAACUGUGUGUUUUGCUUCGAGAGAGCAGCCAUACAGAAGUGUUGUGUUUUACUCUCUUUUAUAUUCAUUCAUUUAUCAUUUAAUCAUUUUGUUAUUCAGCUGAAUCAGUUUAACCAUUUAUAUACUGUACUUAUUUCAUUGAUCUGUUAACUGAUUAGUCAUUUAUAUUGUAUUCCUGUUUUUUAUAUAGUUUUUCCAUUGUUGUUCAGUCUUCUGUCUGUCUGUUUGUCUUCAUGAAUGACAGAUAAGAGGGAGUGUUGUUGUGAACAGUAUGGUAUAACACGUGUUGGAUUUGUGCUGGUCAGACAAAGUCUCAAACUAAGAUUAUUCAAUAAACUCUUCUCCUGCUUCAGCUCUUCUCUGGAUUUUCUCAGUCAAACUCUU